UACACGCUUCUUCAUUUCUCUUUUCUCUCUCCCCGGAAAUUAACGGAAGAGUGGCGUUGAGGUUGGGGAUGCGCCUCUGGAUUCCCGUCUCCUGGGACCCGCAGGCCACGCGGAGGCGACAACGGCCCAGAAAUCUGUGGAGUGUGUUUCCAGUCGGACCGCGUCCUGGGCGCUCCCGAACGCCGCGCCUGCGCGCUCAGCCCGUCGCCGCGCCGGCCCCUGCGGACGUUCGCUGGCUGCCUUCGCGGCGCCUAGGCCUUGAGAUGUUCGGUUCCCGGGCCUUUUCCAGCUCCAGGCCUCUGUGGAAUUUAAGAACACCAUGGAGCCCAUCAAAGUGUAUUGCUGAAGAAUAUGAUGGCUGAAGACGAUUUUGAAGUACAAAAGAUUCAACAGUGUCUAGUAGCCAACAAACUACCUAGAAACAGGCCCUAUAUUUGCAAUAUUUGCUUCAAGCACUUUGAAACACCAUCAAAAUUAGCUAGGCAUUAUCUCAUUCAUACUGGUCAAAAGCCAUUUGAGUGUGACGUGUGUCAUAAAACCUUUAGACAACUAGUUCAUCUGGAGAGACAUCAAUUAACUCACAAUAUGCCUUUUAAAUGUAGUAUUUGUCAGCGCCACUUUAAAAAUCUGAAGACAUUUGUGAAGCACCAGCAACUUCACAAUGAAACCUAUCAGAAUGAUGUUAAACAGGUCAGAAGAUUGCUGGAGACCAAUCAAGAAAAUCCAGCGUAUGAAGUCUAUAAUACUUUUACUACAGAGGAGACAUGGGCAUUACACCCCUGCUCUGAGUCUGAUCCCACAUACAGUACUACGAAGAGAAUAAAGAAUGUUCAUGCAUGUACAAUCUGUGGCAAGAUGUUUCCAUCACAAUCAAAACUUGAUAGGCAUGUUCUCACUCAUACUGGUCAGAGGCCUUUUAAAUGUGUCCUGUGUAGUAAAUCUUUUCGACAGUCAACUCAUUUAAAAAUCCACCAACUCACACAUUCAGAAGAAAGACCUUUUCAAUGUUGUUUUUGUCAAAAAGGAUUUAAGGUUCAAAGCAAACUUCUGAAGCAUAAACAAAUCCAUAUGAGCAGUAAGACUUUUCAGACUCUUUCAUUAAAGGUGAAGAGUCCAGAAUCUUGCCCCCUGCCUAAUAAAUUAAAUGCAAAUCAAGAUGGUUUUGAAAAUGGUGAUAUGGAUGAAUCUGAGGAGAGUAAUCCACUUGAUGUCCACUCUGUUUAUAUUGUCCCUUUUCAAUGUCCAGAGUGUGAAGAGUGUUUUGAAUCAGAGCAGAUUCUCAAUGAGCACAAGUGUUUUCCUGCCAGAGAUGACAAAAUUCCAAACAGGCUCAAAAGAAGCUACAACUAUAAAACCAUUGUUAAAAAAAUCCUGGCGAAGCUUAAACGUGGUGGGGCUAAAAAAUUAGAUAACUUUCGAUCUGAGAAAAGAGUAUUUAAAAGCAGUUUCUUGAAAAAUCGUGAUCAUCAUUCUGGUGAGCAGAACUCUGAACAAACCCAGAGAACAUUUAUGGGUUCUCUUGGCAAAAAUGGAACAUACAAGACAGUUGGCAAUAAAAAGAAGAAAACACUGACUUUACCAUUUUCUUGGCAAAAGCAUUUCCAGAGCCAAAAUAUGGGAAAUAAUUUAAAAGAUAUCCUUACAACAGAAAGCAUAAUAACCAUGGAUAAUUCAGUGAAUAAUAAAGACUUGGCAAUCUAUGGUUCACCAGGUGAGGAAUUCUUUAGUAACUGUGAGGUACUUCAGUGUGAGUUAUCAGUUCCAAGUGAAAACAUACAUACUGGACAUAAAAUGUGUCCUUGUGACAAAUGUGAGAAAGUAUUUCCUUCUGUCUCCAAACUACAAAGACACUAUUUAAUUCAUACUGGACAAAGGCCUUUUGGCUGUAAUGUUUGUGGGAAAUCUUUUAGACAGGCAGCUCACUUAAAAAGACAUACACAAACUCAUGUUGAAAAGAAUCCUUAUAGAUCUCUUUACCCAGCAGAAUUUGGAAAUUACAACAAAUUUUUCAUUCAUACAGGUGAUAAUGUUAACUGUAAUGCUUCCGAACAAUGUCAGGCUCUUGGUUUUCAAAAUCAUGAGGUCUCAGAGUCAGAUCAAAUAUCAGAAAUAGACAGCAAGGCAGAAUCAAAGGAUUUCGUUCUUGGUACCCACUGUAGGCAGCCCUGUCUUUCUAAUGCACUUUUGGAAUCAGAGCAGGGCCAUCAUUAUUACAGUUAUGCAGGGCAUCAGGAGAGAAAUGAGCAUGGCCUGCUUUACUAUUGCAGUGUUUGUUCUAAAAGUUUCCGAUCUCCAUCUAAACUGGAAAGACACUAUCUAAUUCAUGCAGGGCAGAAACCAUUUGAAUGUUCAUAUUGUGGCAAAACAUUCAGACAGGCUCCCCACUGGAAGAGACAUCAACUGACUCACUUUAAAGAACGACCACAAGAGAAAGUGGUUUUAGAUUCGGUUGAGUAACUGAAACAAUUGCUAAUAAUGUGUGGUCUCUGAUGAUCUUAAAGCCUGUAUUAUUUAAAAUGCAUUUUUAUCAAAAGGCCUGCAUUAGAUUGAUUUCAUAGGCAGUUGCUUGUCCUGCAUAGUAAGGAGGUAAAUACAUAGAAGAUUAAUAUGUUUUAGGAACAGCCAAAUUAACUUUUAGAAGAAAGAGCAUGAUUUGAUGCCAUGAAGUAAGCAUUUAUUUUAUUUUAAUAUUAUAAACAUGCUUUGGCUGUAUUGAAAGUUAUAAAUCUAUGAUGCUGUACAAAUACUUCAGCCUCAUUCACUUUUUAAAGGAAUUCUUUCCUUUAAAAGAAGGAAACAUACCAUCUUUUGCCUUUUACCAUUUUGAGGUAUACUCAAAAGACUGAGGCAAAAAUUGGCUUUUAGUUCCAGCAAAUAGCCACCAUAUUCAUUUAUUUUACCUUUCACAUGAAAGCAUAAUUUUGUCUACAUACACCUCAAAUUACAUUGCAAAAUGUUUUUUCUCGUAAGUUUAAAAAACUGUAGAGGCAAUAAAAGUGAAAAUGGAUGAGAAAAUUAUAGCAUUAUUUUCAUUGGUCCUUUCAAAGCUAUUUAUUCUUAGGACUAUGUGGUCAUAUCACCUCCUUUUCCUCAGGCAAUGAAGAUCCUUUUUUGCCCAGGCUGCAGUUGUCCUUCCCAAAAGAAUUUAAAAGGAGAGAAGCUAGAAUGCACCCAUAUACAUUUACCAUAUUUGCUUAUCAGAAAUAUUUUCCAAGUGCCAUAGUCUUUUUGAUAAUAUAUAUGCAGUUUUCAGAGGAAUAAAUGCAAUUCAUCUAUUUCCUUGUUAAUGAUUGACAGCAGUAGUCAUAGACUUAAUACUCAACUACAUUUUAGUAAAACUUUCUUUUUAUGCCUCUUUGAGUGGUCCUAUGAUGUAAUUAAGCCUGUUCUAUGAAGUUUUAUCAAAUGGCAGUGACUAGGUCUAGUUUUAGUUUUUAUUCCUCUAUGUUUUUGCAAGACUCUAAUGCUAAAGAAUGUUAUUUGGAUUCUUAUUAAAUUUUUAUUUAAUUAGUAAGGUAGUCAUUCCUACAUAGGAAUAAGAUGCUUACAGAGUUAAGGGUGUCACUCUACUAAACAGAACUGUCACAGUUUGGGAAAUAUUUUAUUCUAAACUAUGGAAGACUUAUUCAUAUUCACAAAUUGUCCUUCAUAUUUGCCAUUGUUUGUAAAGUCUUUAAGAAUGAUAUUUUCUACCAAUAAAAGAAAUUAGCCAUUUUGUUUCUAAGGUGAAAAGAACAAGUGGGUAUUUAUCAUUGCACACUUAGAUAUAGUGAAAAGACCUCUUGAGAAUGUGGAUAAAGAAGUUUUGCAUUAUAUUCUAAGAACUGUCUUUAGAGAGAAUGGGUGAGGGAGGAGGGAUGGGAGGUAAAUUUCAUCUGCUGCUUUUACCACCAGUUAAUUUUAAGUAACUUGGGUUUAAUUUAUAGAGAUGAAACAUGGCAGUAUGAGUAAAAUACCCAGUGGUGUACAAGUAUGCCUGUUUAUUAAGUAGAUGGGGACAUCCAACUAAAGCAGAGGAGAAUCACAUGCUUUAAAGAAUAAUUUCUCUUAGGUUUACCUGAGAUAAGUUCCUCUAGUAUAAGCAAGAUAAUAAUGGUUUACAGAAUUUGCUUUACACAAAACUUUCCAAGAACACAUCUGUUACAUAAAAACAAGGAAUAGCUAUUAAUAGUUCAUAUUUUCUAAGAAUAAAUGUUCAAGAGUCUUUCUCAUGUCUGAAAUUAUAGAUUUUGGCAUUUUCCUAAGCAAUUUAUGUAAUUUUAUUUUAUUGGAAGGAAAUGUCUUAAAUACUCCUUUCCCAACCUAAACAGGGAGAAUCUUGACAGAGUGUUGUGCUUGUAUGAUUAUGAGACUUUAUUUGCUUAAGUGGUAAUACUAUAUAUUUUUUUUUGGCCCAUGCCUUUUUAAGCUGUUUCAUAUUGAAAGUUGGGAUAUUGUAAAAAUUUUGUCAAAGAUGUACUGUAGUGCUAUUUGAAGUACCUGUAACAAAAUACAGUCGGCCCUCUGUAUCCACGGGUUCUGCAUCCUCAGACUUACCUACUACAAAUCGAAAAUAUUGGGGGGGGGAGACUACAAUAAUAAUAAUAAUACAAAUAUAAAACAUAGUAUAACAGCUAUUUACAUAGCAUUAUUGUUGUGUUAGGUAUUAUAAAUAACCUAGAGAUAAUUUAAAGUAUACAGGAGGAAUUGUGUUGGUUAGAUGCAAAUAUUGCACCAUUUUGUGUAAGGGAGUUGAGCAUCCUUGAAUUUUGGUGUCUGCAGAGGUCCUGGAACCAAUCCCUUGUGAAUACUGAGGGACAACUGUACUUGUUUACCUUUAUUGUCAUUGCAAGCUUCUUAUGGAAAUUUUAUAGGAAUGAAAAUAAUGUAUACAUCUAUGUUAAGAAGAUUAAACAUUAGAUGUUAAAUGAUGGUUUGCUGCAUGCUAGAACUGUUAGUAUUGUUGAAUCAAUUACUUUAGUUUUUUGAAAAAAAUAAACUUUAUAAAUAUCUUUAAAGAUAACUAUAAGAAUUUUUUGUUUGAGUGAUUCCAGACUGUAGCAUGGUUAUGUACUGAAGUAGUUUGAUUGGCUGGCUGAGUUAGUAGAAUUAUUGUUUUAUGUUUUGUACUGCAAUAAGGCCUAUAAUUUUAAGAAAAAAAAAUUGAUGUGUGUUUAAGGGAAGUAGAUGGUGGUUAAAAUUAUUGAAAAAUUCAAAUUUCAGAAUAUUUUUAAAAUAAAGUUUCAAGUUACAUA